AUGGCCGACCAUUACAGCACAUACAAUUUGGGAGACUUCGAACUAAGGUCCGGAGGAAAGAUCCCCAAUGCCCAUAUCGCCUACAAGACAUUCGGAGACCCUAGCCUACCUGCGAUUAUCUACCCGAGCUGGUACUCCGGUUCAAUCGCCGACAAUGAAUGGCUCAUCGGCGAAGACAAGACCCUCAACCCCCAAAAGUACUUCAUCAUCAUCACCGCCCUCUUCGGCAACGGCCAGUCCUCUUCGCCCUCUAACACCCCUGACCUGAAGCCGUUCCCUGACGUCCUCUUCUACGACAAUGUAAAGGCACAGUACAGGCUCGUGACCGAGCACCUGAACAUCAAGCACGCCAAAGCCGUCCUCGGCUGGUCCAUGGGCGCGGGCCAGACGUACCAAUGGGCGACGCAGUACCCUGAAUUCAUGGACCUGGUUGCACCGUUCUGCGGCUCCGCGAAGACGUCGCUGCAUAACCAGGUCUUCCUCGAGGGCGUGAAGAGUGCGCUGCUGGCUGCGAAGGGGAUGUCAUCUGGCGGUAUCGUGAAGGGCGAGAUGGCGGAUAAGGAGGAGUAUAGGGGCUGGAAUGAUGAGGAGAGGAACAACGGGUUGAAGGCGCUCGGGAGGGUGUAUGCGGGAUGGGGGUUUAGUCAAGCAUUUUAUCGGGAGAGGUUGUAUGAAAAGGCCCCAACCCUUGGAUUCAAAGACCUGGAUGACUUCAUGGUGAACUUUUGGGAGGCGUGGGCGCUGUCGAAAGAUCCAGAGAACAUGCUCGUUAUGCUCCACACCUGGCAAGCCGGCGACUGCUCGGCCCAAGACCCCUAUAACGGCGAUUUCAAAAAGGCUAUGCAAGGCAUCAAGGCCAAAGCGCUCGUAAUGCCAGGCAAGACCGACCUCUACUUUCCACCCGAGGACUCCGAAAUCGAGGUCGCCAACAUGAGUCCCGGGAUUGGCAGAAUGGAGGUAUUUCCUAGCAUCUGGGGACACUGGGCUGGCGGACCGGGGCAGAGCACUGAGGACGUCAAGUGGCUCGAUGAAAAGCUGAAGGACUUUUUUAAGUCCACCAGUGCCACGGUUCAGCUUCCCCAUCGCUAA